CACUGAUUCUCCACUGUCAUGAGCUUUCAAGACAUCGAAUCCGGCCCUGCUCACCCUGCACGCUCGCAGCCGCCCCUCUCUCCCCAGUCGCAAGAGGAUGCCGCGUUUCUUGAAUUGCAGUCCUCCUUGGGCCUGCAGGUCUUCAAGAUGAACGCCAACGUCCAAGCCAUCCUGCGGCAUGUUGAUCAGCUUGGGACGCCCAAGGACUCGUCGGGCAUGCGGAAGAAUCUACACGAGCUCACAGAGACCACGCGCGCCAUGGUGAAGCGUGCGUCUGAGGAUCUCAAGAAACUCUCUGUUCUGCAGAUCAAGCUGCCGCACCAAAAGACAGCCCUCCAGAAAACCUCGCACGAUCUCGAAAUGUCGCUCGUCGCGUUCCAGCGCGCUCAGCAAGUCAGCGCAGAACGUCAGAGGACCGUAGUUCAGGGUGUCCGGAUGGCCGUCGACGACGCAACCCCGGCGGAACCUGAGACGCCGCAGCAGCGCCAAGCCCUGCUCCUCCAGCAACAGCUCUCACCACACGAACUCGCGUACCAGGAGUCCCUCAUCCAAGAACGCGAGGCCGAGAUCCGUGAGAUUGAGACUGGGAUCCACGAGUUGUCGGAGAUCUUCCACGACCUCGGCACACUCGUGCAGCAGCAGGGCGGGAUGCUUGAUAACAUCGAGUCGAAUAUCGACUCCGUUUCGAUGGACGUGCAGAACGGUGCGGAUGAACUACGGACGGCGUCGGACUAUCAGCGCAAAGCGGGCCGACGAGCAGCCUGCUUGAUGAUAAUUCUCGUUAUUGUCACCGCUGUGGUGCUAUUAGCUAUCUUGUCCUAAGGGGACCGGACUGUACUCAUAAAUUAUGCUUGUAUAUGUACUUAUACUUUGUACACUUUCUCG